CUUUCUGCGCCUUUCGAACUUUCCCUCCUUUACAAGAUGCGCUCUUUACUCAUUAUCUUCACCCUUCUGAUCGGUUCUUUGCUCACGUCUGCGUUGGAACCCCGCGCUCCCACACCAUCCAACACUUGUGUCUAUAAGUGCCCCCCCAAAGACAAAAACAACAAGGCAUUGGGCCUUCGCGACGAAUCCAGCGACCCUCUUUACUGUCAAUAUAAUACGGUCGUCAACUACUGCUCGUAUAGCAAGACCACAGGAGCGCUGACGGCCGACCAUGACAGUGGGAACUGCCCUAACAAAGCCGUCUGCUCGACAUCCUCUCGUCGUCGUGAUGCUCUUCCUCAGUCGCCCCGUAUGCGUGGCUCUGCACGCCAAGUCGAUGCAGCUCCGUUGAAGACCAGAAGUCAACUUGGGUCUGCUAAGCGGGGUAAGAGGUCGGUUUAGAUGGUGCCAAAUGGCUAUGGUGAGUUGUGAAAUAUCCAUGGUAUGUAUAUCGUCCAAGGGGCCCCGACAUCUACACAACUCACCAUAGGAUUUUGGCACCAUCUAAACCGACCUUUGGCAGCCCCAAGUUGACUUCUAAUCUUCAACGGAGAUGUAUCCACUUGGCGUUUAGAGUUUCGCAGACGGGGGGACUGAGGAAGAGCAUUACGACGACGACGAGAGGAUGUCGAGCAGACGGCUGUGGAAGGGCACUUCCCACCGUCGUUGUCAGCCGUCAACAAUCCUGUGGUCUUGCUGUACAUGAGGGGGCACGUGUAGACACAAGGAUUGUUGGAUGGUGUAGGAGCGCGGGCUACCAUCGCAGACGUGAGCAUGGUACCGCCGAUCAGGAGGGUGAAGAUGGUGAGGAAGAAGCGCAUCUU